AAAAAAAACUCAACCCUCAUCUCCCUUCUCAUACCUCAUCGGUCCUUAUUCUCGAAAGCAACUAACUACUACUACCAACCAACCAUGUCCAAACCCCAAACCGUCCGCUUCGCAACCCUCGAUGUCUUCACCACGAAGCCUUACACAGGCAACCCUCUAGGCGUGGUCUUCCUCCCCGACCCCUCCUCCUCCUCUUCUUCUUCUUCUUCUUCUUCUUCUUCUUCUUCUUCUUCUGCUGCCACCGUCCCCCUCACCCAAGCCCAAAAACAACGAAUCGCCGCGGAAUUCAACCUCUCCGAAACCAUCUUCAUCCACCCCCCCUCCAGCCCCUCGUCCCCCGAACGGAAAAUCGACAUCUUCACCACCACCGAGGAACUGCCCUUUGCGGGACAUCCGACCAUCGGCGCGGCCUCGUGGUUCCUGCAACACUCGUCGCACGAGCACGACAGGACGAACGUCAAGACUCUGGUCACGAAGGCUGGGCCGUUCGCUAUUUCCCGGGUGUCGUCUUCUGCUGCUGCUGCUGGUGGUCCUGGUGAUGAUGGUGUUAUCGGUAUCGUCGCCGCGAAAAUCGCACACAACGUGCACGUCCACUCGUCGCGGUUCUCGCGCGCAGAGGUGCUGAGACUUCAUCCCUCGCUGGUCCCGUUCCUGACCUCCCCGGAGCAGGAGGGCGUCAGCUUCCCGGUGUUCUCCAUCGUGAAGGGGAUGAGCCAGGUGUUGGUGGAGUUGCCGAGUCUGGAGGCGCUGGCGGCGGUGGAGGGCCCGCUGGGCGGCGAGGUGGUUCCCUGUACGUCUGUGGCGGAGGGAGGGUAUCUGGAUGUGGGCUGGGAGGGGAGCGGUCUCAUUGUUCUCUACUUCUAUGUGCCGGGCGUGCAUGACGAGGCCACGGGGAAGACGGUCAUUCGGUCGCGGAUGUUCCUGAGGAACUUUGAGGAUCCGGCGACGGGUAGUGCGGCGAGUGGGUUGGCGGCGUAUUUGGCUCUGAGGGAUGGGGAGGCCGGGACGGUGUCCGAGUUUGAUGUUGUGCAGGGGGUGGAGAUGGGGAGGAGGUCGGAUAUCAGUGUUGCUGUGGCGGUGGCGGUGGGGGUGGAUGGGGAUGGGGAUAAGAAGAAGGUGGACAUGGUGGAGUUGAGGGGGUGUGCUGUGCCGGUGAUGGCGGGGGAGAUGGUCGUUUGAUGGCUGUGGUGUUGUAUCAUGAUAUAGUUGGUUGGUUGUUCCCUGGAUUUGUUCAAGAGUUUUGAAUGCUAUUGUUGAUGGCUUGAUCUGUUUUUUUCUAUCCUCUUCAUUAGCAAUGUUAUUUGAAAACAUAGAGUAGUGUCAUGUAGCUAAGAUUAUUUGCCUAGAAGAAAU